AUGUCACAGUCCACUCACAGUCCGGACCUCAGGACGGUUGUAGGUAUUCUCACUCUGCGUCGUGCCAAUGUCAAAGCCAAUCAGUAUGUUCUCCGGGCCUUCAUGUGGCUUGUCACUCUUUCUCAAGGUAGUGGAGAGGGAAUUGGACUGCCUAGUCUCUUCUCCUCUUAUACACCGCAACGGCGCCUGCCAAUUCAGAUGUCUGGCACUGCUUUUGGAGGCUGGCUGCUCAUGUACAGCUUUAGGCUACUAUUGGUAUAUGAUGUUAAAUCCUACAUGCUUCAUGCCACUCAAGGCUCUGAAUACAUGAGGUUGGGGCAC